AUGCCUAAGGUUAUUGAUCAAGAUUUGUCUAAUGUUCGAGGGUUUACUGGAAAGCUGACUGCAAAAGGGUUUGCCCAGAAUUUUGUACCUCCGCAAAUUAAAAAUGGUAAGUCAAUUGUUGUUUUGCCGAGUGCUGAAAUUGAGGAAGGAAAUAGGAAGUGGAGUCAUGCAAUUGUUCUAUAUGUUGUUGGGUAUUAUCCUACUAUUGCAGCUAUUAAGCGUUUUAUUGUUAAUGAAUGGGGUAUUGAUAAUAAUCCUGAUGUGUAUUGGCAUGAUGAGGAGUAUUUUAUAAUUAAUCUGCGUUCCCUAGAUAAUCUGAAUUCUGUUAUGUGUGAAAGCCCUCACAUGUUUUAUGGGAAACCAGUUAUUGUUAAACCCUGGUCUGAAAAAUUUGAUUUCAGUGCUGAAAUUCUUCGCACUGUUCCAUUGUGGGUCAAAUUGCCCAAUCUUCCUCUCAAUUGUUGUGGUGCUGAAACUUUGAGUCGAAUUGGCAGCACCUUGGGACAUAAUUGUGAUGAGCCUCUUUCAAAUAAUCAGCCUGAUCCUGUAGCCCAAGUUCAGAAGAAGUUUUGGGUUCAAAAACAGAAGCAAGGGUCUGGAACUAAAGUUUCAGGUGAAUGGGAAAUCAUGAAAAAGAAAGGUAAAGAACCUGCUGUAGCUGUGAAGCCUGUUCUUACAACUAAUAAAUUUGAUAUUUUACCUGAUGAGCAAUAUGAUGAUGUUGUCUUGAGAUAUAAGCCUAGGGGGUUGAAAUGUGUUGGGAUUCAGAGGAAGAUUGCACAUGGUUUGUCCUGGAUGUGUAAUUAUUCUGAGUCUAGGAAAGGUAGAAUUUGGUUGGGGUGGAAGAAUGAUAGAGUGCAUGUUGAUGCUAUUACUGUUCAUGCUCAGUUCAUUCAUUGUAUUAUCAGUACUCUUGAUUAUAGUACUCAGAUCACUGUGUCUUUUUUUUAUGGUUUACAUAAUAUUCAUGAUCGGAAAGAUCUUUGGAGAGGUAUUGGAGCUAUUGGUUCUGUGUCCAUGCCCUGGCUUUGCACUGGGGAUUUUAAUUCUGUUUUGUUACCUGAAGAUAGAGUUCAUGGAAAUGUAGUAACAGAUUAUGAAGUUCGAGAUUUCAAGGAUUUUAUUGAUCAAAUGAAUUUUUCUGAGAUCAAAAGUAAAGGGUCUUAUUUCUUAUGGUCUAAUAAGGCUCACUCAAGCCCUAGAACUCAAACCAGAAUUGAUAGGGGUUUGGUUAAUAGUGAAUGGCUCUUUCAAUUUCCAAAUGUGGAAGCUGUUUAUCUUCCUCCCUCCCUUUCUGAUCAUGCUCCUCUAUUGUAUGAGGUUCUCCCUCCUGCUCCUUGUAAGGGAAAGCCCUUUAGAUUUCUUAAUCAUAUGCUUACUCACCCUGAUUUCAUGAAUAUAGUGGAUGAAAUUUGGAGUGAAGGUUUUCAGGGUAAUGCUAUGAAUAGAAUUUGGAGAAAAUGCAAGAAUCUGAAGGUUAAGCUUAAAGAGCUUAAUACCAAAGCUUAUGGUAAUGUUGAAAUGAGAGUUGAUUUAGCUCAACAGGCUGUUUUGGAAGUCCAGAACCAAAUGGCUAAUGAUCCUCAUUCUGACUUGCUGGUUCAGGAGGCUACUGCUAUUCAACAACUCAAAUAUUGGAGAUUUGUUCAGGAGAGCAUUUAUAGACAGAAAGCUAGGGUGGAAUGGGUUAAACUUGAGAUUGUGUCUUUUUAUAAACUUCUCCUGGGUUCGAGCUCUUCUGUCCUUGAUGCUAUUGAUCUUAAUACCAUGAGAGCUGGGAAACAGCUUUCUGCAGAAGCUCAGAAUUUGCUUAUUAGUCCUGUGGUUAACUCUGAGAUUGAUUGUGCAAUCAAAAGCAUCUCUUAUGAUAAAGCCCCUGGAACUUUGCAUCCUCAGUGGAAUUGUACAACUCUGACCUUGGUUCCUAAAAUCCAGAAUCCUUCUUUUAUUAUCUCCAAGAUCUUGACUGCCAGGCUUGCUCAAGUUGUUGGAGAUAUUGUUGAUGAAGCUCAAGCAGGUUUCAUUCCUGGUAAACAUAUUGGAGACAACAUCUUAUUAGCUACAGAGCUAAUCAAAGGGUAUACUCAUAAGCACAUUACCCCUAGAUGUAUGAUUAAGGUUGAUCUGAAAAAAGCUUAUGACUCCAUUGAAUGGAGUUUUCUAAAGGCUGUAAUGUUUGAGCUUGGUUUUCCUUCUGUGUUUGUUAAUUGGAUUAUGGUGUGCAUUUCUACAGUGUCAUUUUCUAUUUUGAUAAAUGGCUCUCCUUCUGUUCCUUUUAAAGCUCAGAAGGGUCUGAGACAAGGUGACCCCAUGUCUCCUUUCCUCUUUGCUAUAGGAAUGGAGUAUUUAUCCAGAUUCUUGCAUGAUUUGGCUACUGUACCUGAUUUUAACUUUCACCCUAGAUGUGAGAGGCUUCUUAUUACUCACUUAAUGUUUGCAGAUGACCUGUUGUUGUUUACUAGAGCUGAUGAGUGUUCUGUUCAGCUUUUGUUUAAAGCUUUUCAGAAGUUUUCUAAAGCUUCUGGUCUUGAGGCUAAUUUGCUUAAGAGUGAGGUGUAUUUUGGAGGGGUUGGCAUUGAUUUACAGGCUGCUCUUUUGAGUAGAUUAGGGUGGGCUUCAAAGUUUCUCUCUUAUGCUGGUCGUUUACAGCUCAUUAAGAGUGUUCUUUUUGGAAUUCAAACAUAUUGGGCUCAAAUUUUUAUUUUACCUAAGAAGAUUAUGAAGGAGAUUGAAUCUAGAUUUAAAGCUUUCUUGUGGACUGGUAAUGCUAAUCCUUCUAAGAAAGCUCUUAUUGCUUGGAGCACUGUUUGCUUGCCUAAAUCAUGUGGAGGCUGGAACAUUAUUUCUCUUCAUGAUUGGAAUAUCUCUGCUAUCUGCAAGAUCUUAUGGGAUAUAGCUCACAAAACUGAUUCUCUCUGGGUUAAGUGGGUUCAUAUUUACUAUUUCAGGUCAGUCAGUUUCUGGGAGGCUGAUAUUCCUAAGAAAAGUUCCUGGGUGCUUAGGAAAAUUAUGAAAUAUAGGGGGCUGAUUGAUGAUAUUGGUGGAUGGGAUCCUGUAAUGAGUAAUAACAGGGUUCAAAUCAAGCUGAUCUAUAAGAAACUGAAGAUACAGGCUCCAAAGGUCCCCUGGAAAAGACUUACAUGUAAUAAUGGUGCCUCUCCAAGGAGCAUCUUCAUCCUUUGGCUGGCUCUUUGGAACAGGCUGCUUACUAAAGAUAGAGUUCUCAAAUGGAAUCCUACUUAUGACCCUGUUUGUUUACUGUGUUUACAGGAAAAUGAAACUCCUCGUCAUCUUUUCUUUCUCUGUAACUAUUCUAAGAGAAUCUGGGAGAAGGUUUUGCAACUUCUCAAAUGUCACAAGUCUGUUCAGGGCUUUGAUCAGGAAAUGGAUUGGGCUAUGAAGAGAGGUAGAAGAUCAAAUUCAAAUGCUAGGCUUCAUCUGAUGUUCUUGGCAGAGACUGUUUACAGCAUUUGGAUACAGAGGAACAACACUAUGUUCAAUGGCAAUUGUGAGCCUGCUGAAACUGUUUUCAGGGCAGUGGUUUACAGGGUUUCCUGCAGGUGUAAUGAGGCUGACAGACAGGCUUUGAUCUCUGUGCCUACUUAG